UAGACCGAUAGCGUUUCCGGGUGGCGGCGGGCGGUGCCCCCGGAAGGGCUCGGGAGUGCGCGGCGGAGGGAGCGCAGCCGGCGGCGGUGCCUCGGUCCGCCCGCGGGUCAUGGGGAGGAAUGAGAGUUAUAUGGAAGAGGAGGAAGCAAGAGUAGGUUAACGCUGACUGCUGAUGUACUGGGAAGGCUUUGGAAAAUGGCCUCUCCGUUCGCUGGCCCCACAGCGGUUGCUGAUGUAAUUAAAGAUCUAGACACUCAGAUAGCUUUGAUUGGUUUGGGUCCCCACAACCCCAAGAAGAAGCAGGACCUAGAUAAGCUUUAUGAUCUAAAAGCUAAAGCCCAACAGAUUAUGAACCAGUUUGGCCCUUCUACCUUGAUCAACCUCUCCAACUUCUCCUCGAUAAAGCCGGAACCAGCCAGCACUCCCCCACAGAGCUCCAUGGCCAACAGCACCACCGUGGCAAAGAUGCCCGGCACGCCCAGCGGAGGAGGAAGGCUCAGCCCUGAAAGCAACCAGGUUUUAACCAAGAAGAAACUGCAGGACCUGGUGCGUGAGGUGGAUCCGAACGAGCAGCUGGAUGAAGAUGUGGAGGAAAUGCUGUUGCAGAUUGCCGAUGAUUUCAUAGAGAGCGUGGUGACGGCUGCCUGCCAGCUUGCACGGCAUCGCAAGUCAAACACCCUGGAAGUGAAAGAUGUCCAGUUGCAUCUUGAGCGUCAGUGGAACAUGUGGAUCCCGGGCUUUGGUUCUGAAGAAAUCAGGCCCUACAAAAAAGCCUGCACUACAGAAGCUCACAAACAGAGAAUGGCAUUGAUUCGCAAAACUACCAAGAAAUAGCCCCUGGGAAGAGCUGGGAGAAGACGCCACUGCAUUUUGGGAUAUCUGCCUCUCCACUGAAGCCUCCACAAUGCCAUCCAUGGGAUAUUUUUUUUAAUGCUUUACAGAGAAGCAUAUAUUUUUUAUUAACGGUGCAGCAAUAUCUUGACUUUAUGAGGAGAUCUGCCAAAAACAUUCUACGCCCCCUUCCUCAUUCCCCCUAAGAGUGCAACAUAUCUCAAAACAAAGACUUUUAUUUGUGACUUGAAAGUGGUUUAUCGUAUAAGUGAUUAUCCAAGGGACAGAGCAUUUGAUCUUGUGUGGGACAGUAUUAGAAGCAUCUGUAGAGGUUUUUGUUUCCUCCUUCCUGCCCCUACCUGCUCCAGUACUUUGUAAUGUCAGUGUUUCUAUAAAUACUUGCGUUUGUUUUACAUGAAUAAAGAAAUUAUUAAUCUAAAA